UUCCCUUUGCUUCUUCCGGUCAGAGACUAACGAAGUGAAGCCCUUACACUGACGCUUCCCGCCUGUGGAAGGACGCCAUUCUGUAAAGAUGGGUGAUAAUCAAUACGGAGGCUAUGGGGGUGGUGGCUCAUACGGUGGCUACACACAGGCUGCCCCUCCACCUGCUGCAGGUGGAGGUAAUGCUCCAGGCUACCAACCUCCUGGGCAAGGUUACGACCAGGGUGCAUAUGGCAAUCAAGGAUCUUGGGGGGGUGGUGGGGGUGGUGGUGGUGGGGGAGGUGGAGGUGGUGGUCAGCAGCAAGGUUAUGGAAAUUACGGAUCAGGUGGCAGCUAUCCGUCUUAUGACCAAUCAGGGGGAUAUGGUUCAGGACCGGCUUCCCAACCAGGCGGUGGAGGCAGUGGUGGAGGUGGUUACCAGCAAGGUGGCUAUGGUUCACAGCCGCCCCCUUAUGACAGUGCAGGAAGUGGAAGUGGAGGAGGAAGUGGUGGGGGUGUGCAGUAUCCCAAUUACAGCCAGCAGUCCAGUGGUUACAACCAGCCAUCUGGUGGUGGAAGUGGUGGUUAUGGUGGAAGUGGGGGCGGUGGCAGCAGUUACGGAGGUGGAGGUGGAAGUUAUGGAGGAGGCCGUUCGUCUGGUGGUGGUGGUGGUGGCGGCGGCAGUGGUGGUGGAGGUUAUGGUGGUGGUGGCGGCGGUGGCGGCGGCCGUGGAAGCUAUGGCAGUGGCGGCAGGGGUGGUUUUAUCAAAGGCUACGGUGACCGUGGUGAUAUGAUUGUACAAGAGGACACAAUAUUUGUGUCUGGCAUGAGCCCUGCAUUGACAGAGAUUGAUAUAGAGGAACAUUUUGGUUCAAUUGGAGUCAUAAAGAUUGACAGGAAAACUGGGAAGCCAAAAAUAUGGAUGUACAAGGACAAACUCACUGGAAAGUCGAAAGGAGAAGCAACUGUAACCUAUGAUGAUUCAAAUGCUGCUAGAUCAGCCAUAAGCUGGUUUGACGGAAAGGACAUGAAAGGAACCACCAUUAAGGUGCAGAUGGCACAGCACAAAAACAACUAUGCUGGUGGGCGUGGGCGCGGUGGCGGCGGUGGUGGUGGUGGUUCAAGUCGUGGAGGUGGCAUGGAUCGUGGACCACGUGGUGGUGAUGGUGGUGGCGGUGGUGGUUCUCGUGAUGGACCACCACGAGGUGGAGGUGGAGGAGGCUUUGGCCGUGAUGGUGACUGGAAAUGCCCCAACCCUGAUUGUGGGAACACCAACUUCUCAUGGCGCACAGGAUGCAAUCGUUGCCAUCAGCCAAGACCAGAAGGGGUUGGUGGGGGUGAGCCACCAGGAGGCCGAGGUGGUCCUAGAGGUGGAGGUGGUGGAAGAGGUGGUGGCGACUACCGUGGUGGCGGUGGUGGUGGUUUCAGAGGAAGCAGGGGUGGUGGCGACUACCGUGGUGGUGGCGGUAGCCGUGGAAGUUACAGUGGUGGUAGAGGUGGAGGUAUGGAUCGUGGAGGACGUGGAAGAGGUGGACCAAUGAGAGGUGGGGGGGACAGAGGACGUGACCGCCCAAAGCCAUACUGAGGUGCUGCAUGAAACUACAGAUAAUACAGUUCAUAUAAGUUACUUCAAUUGUGUGUGUGUGUCUGUGUAACAAUGUUCAUUUUUUAUUAAAUAUUACUGAGUUGCUAUUCAACUCUUUUACUGUCUUUCAGAGAAAAUUAAGUUGUUGACUCUUAAUUUUUUGACAUUUGUAUUGAUGUAGGGAACCUGUUUCUGUAUCCCCUGAGAAAGGAUGUCUGUGAAUGAAAUAAAUGUGUGAUAUGUCUUUA